AUGGAAACGCAGGACGAAUUGUAUCAGACUGAACCAAAUUUAUUAGCCGAAACUUAUAGAAAUCAAUCGGUUAACGAUAAACCACGUCAAAUAGAAAAACAUUUUGAUUUUAUUGACAUUAGCGAAGAUGGGCUUAUGCUAUUGGGUACUUCAAAUUUAUGUGGCAGGAUUUGGAGUGGUUCAAUUUGGAUAUACAAGGAUUAUCCUACUGAACCAGACAUCGAAAAAUGUUUAGCAGGUAUAGAACUUGAAAGUAGUAUUUCAUCAGGACUAUGGUUAGACGGCUGUAAAAAGAUAGUUAUAGGAUGUGACACUGGUCGUUUACAUUUUUUAUCUUUUAAUAUUCAAAAUGGUCAAAAAGAUAAACAUUACUUUGGUACAGAUGGAAUUGUAUCAGAACAUGAUGAUAGCAUUGUAACUUUGGAUUUUUUAAACGAUAAAUCAAAAAUUAUUUCUGGUGGAUACGAUAUGAAUAUUGUAGUUUGGAACAUAGAAACAUUAUCUAGUGAAAAAUCCUACUGCCCAGGACACAGUCACAUAGUAUCAUCAGUAUCUGCUCAAUCUCAACAACACAAUAUAUUCGCUUCUACAUCGCUCGAUGGAACAUGUUUAAUUUGGGAUAUUAGAUUAGACAAGCCAGCUAGUCUUUUAGCAGAAAAUGACUGUGGUUUUACAGCAUCUUCUUGGAUUGGAGAAUCAUUAAUUGCAUUAGGCUCAAACAAUGGUACCAUAAGUUUAAUGGAUGUAAGGAUGAAACAAGAAUUAGAUAAAAAUCCAUGUUCAUCCAGAUCAAUUUUCAAAUUUAAAUAUAAUUAUGAAUUAGAGCGUUUGGCAGUUUGUGCCGAUGAACUAAACGUAUAUGUAUUCUCCAUAAAGGAAAACAAAAUAACUAAUAUAUAUGAAUCUAAUCAACAUGAAGAUUUUGUUCGAGGACUUGCUUGGAAUCAGACCACUAAUAAUUUGUAUUCUUGUGGUUGGGAUAGUAAAAUUUAUUGUCACGAUAUGUCAAACAUAAAAAUUAAUGAUGAAUCAAAUGUACCUGAAAAAGGUUGA